CGGCGGCAGCACCGAGGAGCUGCUGAGCGCCAUGUUUGAUUUUAGCUGGAAUUCGCCUGCUUCUUGUCGAAAUAAACUGUGUUUAUCUUAUUUUACUUUCUCCUGACAUCGACUUGAAUUCUCCUGAAGGGCCGAUAGGGAGUUCGUGUUUCCUCCGCUGUGUUAAUAUUUUCAUCUCUGAUUAUAAAUAACAGCUUAAUUAGCGUUAGUCGGCAGCAGCGGGUGUUUCGCGGGCGCAGCCGUCCAGGACUGUGGGAACGUCGUUUAACGCCCGCAGCUAACGAGCACAGCUAACAUCGCGAUAAGCCAAAGUCAGCGGCCGCCUGCUCCUGGAGGGUUUUCAUUCUGAAGGAGUCCGUUCUUUGGACCCUUUUGGCGCCUUGGUUUGCGUUCCCGUCCCUUUACACAGACCUGCAGUAAACGAGGCCUUGAGGAGACCCGUCCAUCUUCGGGAGGAGCAGAGCAUGAGGAGAUGAAUGGAGUGACGGAGGAAGAAGAACAAAGCGGAGAGGACGGUCAGCAGCUUCCUGCUGAAGGAGAGGCCUCCAACAUCGAGACACCAGAAAAACCUGCGUCAAAACAAGGCAGCCGUCGGUCAAAAUGCCGUCACCGCUGCUCACUAUGCGGCAGGGAGUUCUCUCGUCCGUCUCGGCUGGCGGAACACAUGGUCGUGCACUCUGGCGAGAAACCUCACAGCUGCUUGUUAUGCGGGAAGCGCUUCGCCAAGAAGAAGAAUCUGGCGAUUCACCAGAGAGUACACACCGGCGAGAAGCCGUACUCGUGCCCAGACUGCGGGGUCAGCUAUUCCCAGCCGGGCUGCCUGCGGCGGCACCGGCUCGGACACGCUGCAGAGAAGCCCCACCAAUGCUCGGUGUGCGGCCGCGGCUUCAUUCAGCGGCGCCAUCUCGUACAGCAUGAGCGGACGCACACCGGAGAGAGGCCGUUCUCCUGCCCGCUGUGCCCCAAACGCUUCGCCUCCAGGACGGGCCUCGUCGAUCACAAGAAAAGCCACGCAGUGGAGAACCUGCACUCCUGCUCGGUCUGCGAGAAGGUUUUCUCCACGCCGUCGUCUUUCAGGGACCACGUUAGGCUCCACACGGGACAGAAGCCUCACCCCUGCUCGUUGUGCGGCAAGAGCUUCAACCGGCCCGGCCUGCUGAGGAAACACCUGCAGAAACACACAGAGGACAGCGAUGUGCUCCAAGCUGCUGCCAGCAAGAAACCAGACGAGUCGCUCGAUGGCGGCAGCGUGGCGGCAGUUUCUGCGGGGAGCUGCGGUCUGAACGGGCUGCAGGAGCUGAAGGUCGAGAGCAGAAACGAUAAUGACGAGGAAGAAGACGUGCUGCGUUCACUGACCGACGGGGGUCCCAGCGGCGUGACGAAGCUCCACAGCUGCUCCGUCUGUGGGAAGAGCUACCCGAAGCUGUCCAGGCUCAGACAGCACUUCAAGAUCCACGCCAAGGAGAAGCUGCACCGCUGCUCGUUGUGCGAGAAGGCUUUCACCACCACGACCAACCUGAGAGCCCACGAGAAGACCCACAUGACCAACAAACCUCACCCCUGCAGAAUCUGCCCCAGGAGCUUCCUGAGGCCCUGCCUGCUGCGCAAACACAUGAGGAUCCACGUCAGGGACGGACUCAUCGCCGACUCUGCUGACAUAGAGUUCUGGCUCAACAUGAAGACGGAGGAGGAGGAGGAAGAGAUGACGACGACGACGAUGGAGGAGGAAGAGGAAGUAGGGAUGACGACGGAGGAGGAAAAAGGGGAGGGAGGGAUGACGAUGGAGGAGGAGGAAGGUCUGAACAAGCAGGACUCAGAAGACCUUUCUACCUCCACCGAGUCCAGAACGCCACAGGACCGCUUGCUGUCGGAGGAGGACAACGGCGAAGAAAAGGAGGAGGGAGACGUCAGCGGGUUGAUCAACUCUGAUGGCGAGGAAGAGGACUGGAGGCCGGCGCUUAUCGAACAAGAUGGCCGCUCAGAGAGCCAGGCAGACGGUGGCGGGAAGAAGAAGCACUGCUGUCCCGUCUGCGGUCGAGACUGCUUCAAGGCGUCGGCGCUGCAGAAACACCUGAGGAUCCACUCGGGCGAGCGUCCCUUUCAGUGCCCCACCUGCAGGAAGAGCUUCACCCAGCACGUCCACAUGACGGAGCACCAGAGGACCCACACCGGGGAGAAGCCCUACACCUGCACCGACUGCGGCAAGAGCUUCACCUUCUCCAGCGCCCUGCGCCGACACCAGCGGCUGCACACCGACGCCCGGCCGUACCAGUGCUCCGUCUGCCAGAGGACCUUCAAACAGCAGAGCUCGCUCAAGAGCCACCAGCUGACGCACUCGGGAGUCCGCUACCAGUGUCCGCUCUGCAGCAAGAGCUUCAGCCGCGCCCUCGAGCUCAGCUACCACGUGGACGUGCACUCGGGCGCCCGGCCGUACUUCUGCAACAUCUGCAAGAAGAACCUGAGCGGAGCGCGGAUCUUCCGCAACCACAUGAGGAAACACAAGUCGCCAAAAUCACCGCUGUCUCUGAUGCAGCCAGCCGCGCCGGGAGACACGGAGACGAGCGAGUCACGAGACGACGGGGAGACUCAGCAGUCUGUAUAAAGGAAAGCUCGUCACUCAGCAGAGGUUUCCAGGUAGACUAGAUGAGCUGUAGGCUGAUGGACCGGCGGACACUCAGAGUUUCAUUUACAAUGUUUUUAACUGUAGCAUCAGUGCAAAACUUCACUUUAUGUGGUGCUGAAGAACAGUUCAGUCCAAACACAGGGACUGAAAGAAUGAUCACCCUGCUAGCUAGCUAAACACAAAUAAGCAGGGGUGUUUUAUUAGAACGGGACCCUGGACUGAAUGACGGUGGAUGUUCAGUCCAGCAAGAAUUGUUUGCAUAUAGCCAAACAAGUUUCUGUUAAAGGGAAUAAAUGUGAGCCAGGUGUCAGACACGGGGAUGAAGGUCUCUGGGACUCGGGACACAGAUCGUAGCACGGGUAGACGGAGUGUGAACGCAACGCAUUGUCAACACCGACAUCUGACGCGUCCGCCUGCUCCAGAACAUUGAUCCCUUCUUACGCCACAAAAGGUCAGUGUGCUGGAUGUUGGACUCCAGGGCAUCACCUGAGGUCCCGAUGAAAUCUGGAGGUCUCAUGUUCUGUAAACUCAGUGCAGACUGAAGAAAACCCUGUUGUCUGUUAACCUCGAGCAGGGAGAGGGGCGGGGCCUGUAUAUGAGCCGUACCUCACCUGUUAACCUAAUGAAGCCUACUACUUAACUUUUAGGUUAUGUGGCCCACUGAAUAUGCUCCGUUGUGUUUCUCCUGCUGGCCCGUAAACUUCACGUUGUGGUGGCGUUGAUUUGUUUUAAUCGCUUUGAGGGAAACUUUUCAAAUAUAAAACCCCCCCAGAUCAAAACUCAUAAGAGAGAGAGUCGUAUUUGACCUUGUUUGCAGUUGUGUCGCGUAAACAUUUCCACUUUUUAGCCUGCAGGGGCUCAGUGCCUUGCUCAAGGACACUUCAUAAGUUGAUCAGUUAAGCCAGAGGAGGUUUGAGGCCUUUGUGCUGCUGCUGAGUGUCCGUAUCACUACAGUCCUGUAGAUGUAACCAAAGUAUCGCAUUUAUUUAUAGUAGAAAUCACUGAUGCUUUCAUCAUGCUCAAUAAAGACGCUGAGACAAAAAA